AUGGCUAUAUCACUCCUCGAGGAGAGCUGGAUGCCCCAAUGGUGGACCAAUUUCUUGCUUUUCUGCGUCGCGCAACACGGGUUCGUUUCGUCAAUUGGCAUUCUGCUCUGCUACACGCCGCAUCGGACCUACGUGAAGUCAUUGGCCAAGACGUGGUUUCCAUGUUGCCGCGGCUCACCGGAAGCCAUUGUCCUCGGGUCGGAAUAUUUGUCGACCACUAUGAACCAGGAAACGGCAAGAGUUGUAGCAGGGCAACAACCGGCUCACGAAGAAGCCGCACUUGACGACGCGGAUCAAGGAAAUUCGAACUCUAAAAUUUUG